GAGCAGCAAAAUGGCCGCCCGUCAACCGACUGACUCCACAGCGCUUUGAAAUUUAAAAUUCUUCUGCACAUUAGGGUUUACACUUUGAACGUUAGUACUUAUUUGCAAACCGGUAGCUUGUUGUUCUGCGCGCGUCUGCAUCAUCAGCCGCUUACUUGACUCUCCGCUCAGGCGUCCUAGUUCUUGUAGCCUCGACGAAUGCCUCAAAAAGAGAAAGAUCGCACUGAAGCACUUUAGCUGAGCUAGCUAGCGGGCUAGCAUCUCUUCAUAUGUGAUUCCCGAGAAAGCAGAAUCUGGUCAGGAGCAGCAGUUCAUGGAAGACAAGAAAAGGAAAAAAGAAGACAAACGGAAAAGGGAAGCCUCUCAGAAGGUUGCAGAGCAAAAAAACAAAGUGACAGACGUGACCAAGCCGGCUGCUGCCCAGUCUCCUGCCGCCCAGAGCAGCUCAGCCUCCCCCAGCCCUGGACCCACCCCCACUGCCUCUCCGUCCCCAGCGACCUCAGGCCCUGGCAGCGCUGCCACCCCGUCUCAGGGCGGCAACAAUGCCAAGCGCCUGGCAGUGGCCAACGGACAGCCCACCCCCAACGCCAGUUCUUCCUCCGCCGCUGGCGGCCCCGGCGCUGCAGCGAGCAGCGGCACAGGUGGCGGAGGCGGCACCCAGGCGCCUCAGCAGCCGUCGCGCUACAUGCCGAGAGAAGUGCCGCCGCGAUUCCGCUGCCACCAGGACCAUAAAGUGCUACUGAAGAGGGGGCAGCCGCCGCUGUCCUCCAUGCUGCUGGGAGGAGGGGGAGGAGGGGAUGGCCCAAACCCAAACAUGGCUGCUGUCUCAGAUUCUGCAUCUUCAUUGGCUCUCACCUCAUCAGUUGCUGCUUCUACUUCUAAUUAUGCAAAUUCCAUGUGGGGGUCGAGCUCGGGCAGCCAGGCCUCCUCUCAGGGCAAGGAGAAGGUCAUUGUUGACGGCAACGACCUGGAGGAGUGGCCCAGUAUCGCUGGCAGCGACGGAGGAAACGGCGGCAACAGCGGGAUGCCUGUGAAUAGCGUCAGUGCCUCUGGCAACCAACCCUCACCCACUUCCUCAUUCUCUCUGCCCAAUGAAUGUAUGCAGUUGUCCAACAGUGCGGCGUGGGGGACAACUGCCUCCCAGGGUCAUCUAGGAGGAGGUGCUGCUGUAGCUCCAGCUGGGCCUCUGCCGCAGCACACCUCCUCACUUUCCAAAGCCCCCACUGUGCCCGGGUGCCACGAUGCCAGUGGCCCCCUGGAUGGUAGCAGUGGGGUUCCAGGUGCCAACUUCAGUCCAAAUGCCAACCCUUCAGCCUGGCCUGCUCUGGUGCAGCAGGACCCCCCCACCGCUGCAGGGGAAGGAGCUCUGACUGCAUUCCAUCACCAGGGCUCUGGAGGGUCUGCCAACAACUCCGCCUCCGUGGGGCUGGGGGGCGGGGCCGUCGGUGUGCUGGGGGGCCACCCGUCUAUAUCUGUGAAUCAGUCGAACGCCCAUCAGCACCAACUUCACCAAAUGCAAUCCAGAGACAGAGAGGCUGGAGGGGGGAAGUGGGACAGUGAAUCAGCGGGACCAAAAAUUUCAGGUGGGGAAGGGAUCGGGGGAGGAAUGGACCAUGGAGGAGGAGGAGGAGUAGGCAGGGUGGGGGCAGGAGAGCCUAGCCAAACCCCGUCCUGGAGAGGCCAACCUUCUUGCUCCGCAGCUUACUCCAAAACGGGUGUCUCAAGGACUGAUGGGUGGGAGGGCGGGGGAGGCGGGGGAUUGGGUGCAGCACAGGGGGACAAAGGGACGUCGGGGUGGGGAUACCCCAGCUCCACUAGUGGCAGUGCUGAAAAUGGGGGUAACUGUGGUCAAACCUCCGGGGCAUCUCAGGGAGGGUGGGGGUUAUCGGCGGCAGGAACGGAUAGAGGGGUUUCUGGUGGUUGGGGCGGUGGCUCUGCGGGGGGAUCAAACCCAGGAGCUGAUGAAAUGGGCAACUGCAGCAGCAACAGCAGCAGCAGCGGUGGAAGCACUGCAGGCAACCCUGCUGCCGCUCCUCCAUCAUCAUCAUCAGCUGCCGCCGCCGCUGGCAGAGCCUGGGACAAUCAGAAAGGAGAGGCUGAAGUGGGGGAAUGGGGCGAUGGGGCGGGGGGACAAGGGGGGUCUUCAUCCAGCGGUGGGAAUUCCAGGAGUGGAAGCGUGCCGAACGGUAACCGUAUCCGCCGGCAGGCACCCAACGCUGAGGCUGCCUUACAGAACCUGCUCAGUCGGACCGAUCUGGAUCCCAGAGUCCUGUCCAACUCGGGCUGGGGCCAAACGCAGAUCAGGCAGAACACCGCGUGGGAGCUUGAAGAGUACGGAGGGCAAAGCAAAGCUGGACCGCCUUCGUCGAAGCACCCGGCUGCUCUCGGGGGCCCCACCCAGUACUGCGGCGGACCCAGGACCCUAAGCACUGAUUCAGCGGCUCCAGGGGUCGGUCCGUCCUUGGUUCCUUCUACUGGGUCUUCUGGGGAGGGAUGGGAAAGCAGCAACAGCAGCGGCAGCGGAGCAUCUCUGUCUGGGAGAGCCCCCCCACCUGCAUGCACCAACAUGAGGAGUCAUGGCGUCUCACAAUCUGUGGCUGCGUCCUCUUCUGCGCCCGGUAUGGGGUCAGGGAUGAUGCCCGGGGGCCAGGCUAAAGCUACGGGUUGGGUCGGCGGGGGAAAUGGUGCCGGGGAAAGUCACGAGGCCAAGGACUGGGGGGCUGAAGAUUGGAGGAGUAACAGCCGAGCAGAAAAGGGAGGAGGGUGGGGGGAUGUUGGACAGAAGGGUAACGCACUGAGCGGACGAUGGGGAGAUGGUCACCACGAAAAGGGGGCUGAGUGUUGGAAAGACGUGGGUGGGGGCGACGAGGGAAGUGGGUGGGGAUCAAAGCAAAAGGUUGGGUCAGGGAAAAAUUGGUUGGAGCAAGAAUCAAAGCCAAGCGGAGGAGGAGGAGGAGGUUGGGACGAUGAGAGGAGGAACGGAGGACACUCAGGGGGGGAGUCGGGUGGGGGAGGCUGGGGGAAUUGGGACAGCGGUGCACCCCGGAGGAGCUGGGGUGCCGGAGGCACAGGGGGAGGGGGGGUGGAUGGGGGCAUGGGGUCCAAACCUCAUCAGGGUUGGAGUGGAGGAAACAAAAUGCACCAGAUGCCAAACAGCCAGUCGGGCUCCAUCUCAAGCCCACCGGCACAACUGCAACCGCAACAAUCACAGCCCCGCAAUCAGAAUCCACAGCUGCAGCAAGCGUUGGACCAAGGGGUUAUGCAAGGGGGCGGGGGGCGGAAGCUCGCCCCUCAAGCCCAGGCGCAGAACCAAAGCUCAGGCUGGAACUCGGGACCUAUUCCUGGCGUCUCUGGCGGAGGCGGGAGCGGACCUGAACCGAGCGGCUGGGAGGAGCCGUCCCCGCAGUCGAUAAGCAGGAAGAGCGAGAUAGACGACGGGACAUCAGCGUGGGGAGACCCGACACAUUACAAUUACAAGCCGGUCAACCUGUGGGAUAAAAACAGCGGGUCUGCUAGCCAGCAGCCGCAUGGGCCGGCUCAGCCGCAGCAGCCGCCGCCGCAUCAGCAGCAUCAACCGCAGCCGCCGCCGCCGCAGGGACCUCCUGCACAGCCGCCGCCCAGCAGGCCGGCCCCAGCGCUCACAGAACCGUCGGGCUGGGGCGGCACGUCUCCUGCUGCUCCUUCUGUAGACAACGGCACCGCAGCCUGGGGCAAACCCAGCGACGCUCCUACUGGCUGGGGCGACCCUGACGAGGCUGCAGGGAAGACGGCAUGCUGGGGAAACCCUUCUUCAAACUCAAUCAGACCUGGUUCAAAGUCUAUGCAAGAUGGCUGGGGGGACAAGGAGAGUUCGGUGGCAGCUUCGCGCCACUCCAGCUGGGAGGAUGAAGAGGAGGGAGGCGGCAUGUGGAACAGCACAGGUUCCCAGGGAAGUGGCUCCUCUUGGGGCCAAGGAAGCAAUGGAGGCUGGGGCCAAAGCAACCCGGUGAAAAAGCCCAGCAGCAAGGGUCCUCUGAAGGCUGGAGGAGAUUCCUGGAUGAGUCCCAUCAACAGACAGUUCUCCAACAUGGGUCUUCUGAACGAUGACCCCAGUGGGCCGAACAUCGACCUUCCUCCUGCUUCUCUUCACGAGAAGAAAAUGGAGGCAGAGAAAAGAAGCAUGGGAGUGAGUGAUUACAACGGAGACAUGAGAAAAGGAGGAAGAGGAGGAGGUCCGAGCGGAGGAGUGAUCUAUCGUCCUCCUGGCUCCAAAGACCCGGCACAGGUGGAUGCGGGGUCUUACUACGACAAGGCCUUGCAUUUGAUCAAUCAGGAUGGGUGCCUUGGGGAGGAGGGUCCUUCCUCCCUGUACUCACCACCCACCGCCUACAAGUCCCAUUCCCUCUUCAACCACCCUCUCCCCGUUAGACAAGGCGGUCACGGUAUCUUUGGCAGUACUGGAGGAAUGGUCCAAUCAAGGCAUCAGCCAAGUGUCCCCCCGAUGAACCAGUCCCCAGGGAUGCGAGCACAAGUGCCUCAUCAGUUCCUGUCACCUCAGGUGCCGGGGUCCAUGCUGAAGCCGAUGCCCCCUCCCAGCGGGAGCGUAGGAGGCGUUGGGGGCAUGGGAGGCGUGGCAGGAGUCGGGGGCGGGGUGUUCCCUCCGCAGCUCUCCCCUCAGCAUAUCGCCAUGCUCAGCAGCAUCUACCCGCCUCAGAUCCAGCUGCAGCUGGCUUGUCAGCUCUUGUUGCAGCAGCAGCAGCAGCCGCCUCAGCAGCAGCAGCAGAUCCUGCAGAACCAGAGGAAGUUUGCUCCAAAUGUGCGGCAGCAAUCCGACCCUCAGCAGCUGGCCAGGAUCAUGGCGGUGCUCCAGCAGCAGAGGCAGCACCAGCAGAUUGGAGGCCUAGGUGGCGGCUCCAAGCUGUCCCCCUCCCACCACGGUGGACUGGGUCCCAAGCUUCCCGGCGCCGAAGCUCUGCCCCAUCCGGGCCUGGCCGGGUCCGUGGCUGACCUGCAGCACAAAGCGUUCGGACCCUACUCUGGGUUUGGUUCUGCUGUGAACCUCCCGGGUCUGGAUCUUGGAGGCUCUAUUGUGGGGGGGCCCGGAGCCGUGAAGGACCUCGGGGCCCAGCAGUCCCGUUUCAAAUGGAUGAUGGAGGGAAACUGCUCUCCUGAUACUUCCUCGCCUGAAAACGUGUACCAAAAAAACGGUCCCGUCACCCCCAUAAAGAUGCCAGGGAGCUCGCCCUACUCCCAGUUUGACAUCCUGGGCGGAGACGCACCGAGUGACAACUGGCAUCGCACCCCUGGCAACAAGAUGGCCGCCAAGCCUACCAACACGCCCAGCUGGCCUCCUGAGUUUCAGCCCGGCGUGCCCUGGAAGGGGAUCGAUCGAGUCGAUCCGGAGUCCGACCCGUACAUGACGCCAGGGAGCAUGAUGGGAAACGCGGUUUCUCCCGGUCUCAACGACACAGAGCACCAGUUGUUACAAGACAAUACCGAUUCCACCCCUCCCCUGAACACCUUGCUGCCUUCACCUGGUGCCUGGCCCUAUAGUGCCUCAGACAGCCUUCUUAACAAUGCACACAACUCAGCAAAGUACACAGACUACAAGGCCAGCUGGCCCCCAGAGCCGUUCGGACACAAGUCGUGGAAGGCGAGCCGUGGCAGCAGCCAGGCCCAGUUGUCCCGCCCCCCCCCGGGCCUGGCCAGUCAGAAGCAGCCGUCGGCCUCCCCCUGGUCAGGAGGAGCUCCCCGGCUGGCUGGACGAGGCUGGGGGAGCGGCUCCAGCAGCACCGGCUCCGCCUGGAGUGACGGAAACUCUCGGGAAAGCAGCUGGUUGGUGCUCAGCAACCUCACCCCCCAGAUCGACGGCUCCACCCUGAGAACCAUUUGCAUGCAGCACGGCCCCCUGCUGACCUUUCACCUCGGCCUGACCCAGGGCUCGGCUCUGAUUCGCUACGGGUCCAGACAGGAGGCGGCCAAGGCGCAGAGCGCCCUCCACAUGUGCGUUCUGGGUAACACCACCAUCUUGGCGGAGUUUGUGAGCGAGGAGGAGGUCGGCCGUUAUAUUGCACAUUCCCAGGCCGGCGUGGCUGGGAGCGAAGGAACCUCUGCUGCCUCUGCAGGCCUGGGGCCCACGGGGGCCUCCGCUGUCGGGACCGGCGCCAACGGAGGGAGCUGCGACCGGGGCGGAGCCGGCGGCGGCGGGGGCGUCGCAGCAGAGGGCGCCCCCCCGGCGGCAGGAGCCUCGUCUUCCAGCUCAGGGUGGCAGAGCCUAGACGGCACAGGCAGCUCAUCGGACCCGUCCGCCGGCCAGGGGCCCGGCCUCGGCAUCUUCACGCAGUGGAGCAGCAACGGGGCCGGCGUGGGCGGGGGGGACGGCGGGAGGCAGGGCCUCUGGGGGGGGAUGGGGGGGAUGAGCGGCGCGGGGUACCCCGGCGGCGGCAGCAGCCUGUGGGGCUCCCCGGCGCUGGAGGACCGUCACCAGAUGGGAAGCCCCGCCUCCCUGCUGCCGGGGGACCUGCUGGGCGGGGGGGCCGACUCCAUCUGACACCUUCCACGCUCGCCGCCCGCUCCACCUUUAAAUGAAGACAACAGGAAAACUUGAACCGGGGGGGGGCGUGAACCCAUGAAAGUUUUUAGGACUUUUUACUCCAAACGUGGCCAUCAGCAUCCAGAGAGCGCUCAGGCAUGCACUGCAGGCCGGCUCAGCCAGAGUCCCGGCAGGUUUCAGCGUGCCGCCUCUUCUUUUUUAUCACUAUUUAACGUCUCCAGUCACACUUGCAGACUGAGCCCUGGUAGACCUGGCCCGACCCGGAGGGGGGGGGGGGGGAGUCAGGGGCGGCGCCGCACUACUGAACCAGAGGGACGAGCGUCUGAGGCCUGGAGGCAGCGACGCAGGAAGUCUGCAGGGACCCCGGGGGGGGGGGGGGG